UCAUGAGGAACCAUAUUCGAGAGUAAGAUUAAAAAAGUCAGUGUUCAAAAAGCGUUUAAGACAUUGUGAAUUAAAGACACGUGUAAAAUGAAGUUUCAGUAUUUUUUAAUGUUAAUUGGAAUAACAUUCCUGAGUGAAUGUCCAAGUGGAGAUGCUUAUAGGAUUUUGGGAUUGUUUCCACUUCAUGGAAAAAGUCAUUUUAUUAUGUGUAAUUAUUUAAUGAAGACCUUGGCAGCUCGAGGUCACCAGGUCGACGUUGUCAGUCAUUUUCCACUGGAGAAACCGGUCGCCAAUUACACCGAUAUCAACAUCUCGGGUUCACUCCCGCAAAUAGUGAACAAUUUGCCUUUCGAUGUGAUUCAACAGUUUUCGUCAAUCGACCUGACAUACCUGACGAAUAUAGCUGGACUGGAUAUUUGCCGCCUGAUGGAUCAUCCGGAGAUUCAGAAGAUCAUUCGAAAUCCACCGCAAGAUCCACCUUAUGAUUUGGUUAUUCAUGAGAUGUUUGCUGCGGAAUGCUAUUUGGCGUUUGGACAUCAUCUUAAAGUUCCGGUUGUCGGAAUAAUCACGUCAGUCCUAUUUCCAUGGUUAAACGAACCAAUGGGUAACCCAUCGAAUCCGGCAUUCGUACCGUCGCCAUUUUCAGACUUCCAACUACCGAUGACAUUUUGGCAGAGAGUCAAAAAUGUUUUCAUGGAAAACAUGAUGACAUAUAGUUUUAGGAAAAACACGGAGAUACAGAAUGAAAUAGUGAAGAAACACUUUGGACCGGACGCGCCUACCGUACGAGAAUUGGAAAGGAACAUCUCGCUGAUUCUGGUGAAUUCGCAUUUCUCGUUCAACAAUCCGCGGCCGCUUACGCCAGCAGUGGUGGAGGUGGGAGGGUUGCACCUUCAAGGGGACGACGGCCUUGAAUUUUCACCGGAUUUGAAAAAGUGGCUGGACGAGGCCGACGAUGGAUUCAUUUUCUUCUCCUUGGGCUCCAUGGCGAGAUUCGAAACGUUUCCCCGGGAAAUCAUCGAGGUCUUCUACGAAGCCUUCAGGAAAGUCGCUCCCGUGAGGAUUCUCAUGAAGAUAGCCAAGAAGGAGGACCUGCCAGCCGGUGUUCCUGAGAACACUAUGAUUCUACCGUGGCUCCCACAGACCAAAGUAUUGAAGCACAAAAACAUCAAAGCGUUCAUAAGUCACGGGGGUCUUGGUUCUGUACAGGAAUCUCUUUAUUACGGGGUUCCUUUGAUCGGCAUGCCGCUGUUCGGCGAUCAGAUCAUCAACAUUGAUCAUUGCGCCAGGAAGAAGCUGGCGGUUCCAAUAGAUUAUGCUACCGUGGACCAAAAAAUAUUGACCGAAGCUAUCUCAACCAUCCUUCACGAUCCCACGUACAGGGACAACAUGAAGAAGGUCUCGAAACUGUUCCAAGACCGUCCAACAAAUCCAUUGGACUUGGCAGUCUAUUGGGUCGAAUACGUAAUACGCAACGGAAACGUCUUGAGGUCGCCAGCCCUGGACCUAGAAUGGUGGCAGGUUGCUUUGAUCGACGUUUACGCCUUUUUUUUCUCAUGCGUGGCAGUCGUCGUUUUCCUAAUUGCAAUGAUCCUCAGACUCCUAUACGGAAAACUCUUAGCGCCACGUUCGACGGCUGGUAACAGGGAUCAAGGAAAGAAGCGCCAAUGAUUUACGACAGUUGAGGCCAAAUAACGAAAAAGCAUCCUUUGCUCUACCGAUAAAAUUUCAAAGCCUACGAUUUCUUUUAGACCCAUAGGACCCAUAUCCAUAUACCUAAGGCGUACGGAAUCCAUAUAGUUGACGACGCCGUCGAGUGGUCCCUUAAACAGUUCCACUGCGUGGGAAAGAUACUUUUCAGUUGGCAAGGAAAAGAUUUCAGCUCCUACAGCCACGCCGGGUCACGCCGGGUCACGGCGUCACGGCGUCACGACGUAACGGCACGUGUGAACCUUUAUACUUCCUUCCAUUCGAAGCCCAGCCAACGCGUUUUCGUUUCUACGUUUUAACAAUGUGCUUUGCCUUUUCUUUUUUCUUUUUACCGUCAUUUCAGUAAAUUUCAAACCAUCGGAAAUUCUCGUGUUGAUAUGUUUAUCUUUUAUUCUUACAUGUAAUACACGUGUGAACAAGAAAAUACGAAGAUUCCGUGGCGCACGUGAUUGUCCAAAGGGAAGUAAAAGCCUCACGGGUAGAAAAACUCUUUAAGUAAAUUAUUCGACCGGAACGAAAUUCGGUUUAAAAGAAGCUUCCCUUUCGCUCUCUCUCUCUCUCUCUCUCUAUAAGUUAUCCUGCCGAUGAGAUUUUUUUCUUUCAGAAAUGAAAACGUAAGAAAGCUUCGGGCCACCUUCAGACUUUAGAGGUGGAUUCGAAAGGGGACGUCGUGAUGUGAUUCUCAAGCACCCUAAAAAUAUGGUAAAAGCGCGGAGCCUUUUUACUUUUUCGUUUCAUCUCUUUCAGGUGCGGUUACUUACGGAACCGUGUACGUGACGCGUGUUUACGAGAAUCGUGUAAUCCGUGAAUUCGUCAGCAGGGGAAGAUGAGGGUUCAAAGUGGACCCUACGUGUGACGACGUGGAUGCCUCGGGUAGAUCCACGUGAUACCCGCGGAUUACAUCGGACAGAAAAAAGCGACUGUAGUCCGCCGUAUAAAUAUAACCGAGGCUUCAAAGUUUCAUUGACAAAAGUAAUAAUAACUCGUAGCGUCGAAGCUAGAAAAAAUUACGCGAUUAUUUCGAAAAAUCAAUUUGCUCGUGUUGGACGUCGAAAAAUAUUUUGCAAAAUCCCCACCCGUCCUGCUUCCAAAAGGUUCGACGACUCCCGUGGAAAAAGAUCAUUUUUGCGACGCGACACACGACUGAUUUGAAGUGCAAAAUUUCAUACGAUAUGUAUAGUAUAUAUAUAUUAUAUGAAAUUUAAAAAAAAAAUCCAAAUUUGUUACGUCCGUUAGAAACGUAAGACCCAAUAAACGAAAUUAUACACAGACGAAAAAA